AAACCAAACUUAGGUCAAAUUAGAAAACGUAGAUUUAGUCAAAUAGAAAAACCAAAACGGAGCGGCGGUAUUUGGGAGGAAUUUCAGUGGCCGGGUAGGCGGCAAAAGGGACGAAAUAAACAAGUGACCGAAACAAUUGAAGAAGCUCAGAAAGUUUUGGAUAAAGAGGGGGGAGGUGGAGGAGCGAUAGUAGGUCACAGUACUGAAGAAAGUGCCUUGCAAGAACUUCAAGAAGCGUUAAACGACUUGGAGAAUUAUGAGGAUAAGGUGGAAGAAAUUUCGACGAAAAAAGAGGAACGUGACCACCUUCUAAAUAAUGUUGCGGAAGUUGUUACUAAAAUACAAACAUCUACUGCUUCCACUGAAGAAACUAAAACCAAUAAAGCAACCGAAGAAGAUUCAGCUGCAAGAAGUCCGGGUAUUUGGGAAGAAUUUCAUUGGCCCAAAGGACAUUCAAAAGAACUGAGUAAAGUAGAACCUGACAAAAUAGUCGAAAUUGCGACCAAAGCAAUAGAAGAGGCUGAAAAUGUAUUGAAACGAGUGAAGAACCUUGAAAAUGAAGAAAUAGUUUCGUCUGAAACUGUUUUAAAAACUCCAAAACCAAAUCACGAGAUGAGUGAAGAAAAUCAAGUGACUCAUGCGAAAAAACCAACUACUGAAAGUACGUUAUCUUCUGAAACAGAAGAAGACGAAAGACUGAUUGUCUUUUUGGAUAAAAUGGAACAUGGGUCGAGUGCAAAACCCCUCACAAACACCGUAACAACUCGAAAACAUGAAGAAAUAAAAACACAUACUGGAGCUACAACUAGUAAAGAGUCGGGCGUUUGGGAACAAUUCACGUGGCCUCGUGGCCAAUUUAAACCAACAGGAAUUGAAGGAAGUUAUGAAAGAAUUGCCGAAAUUGGUGAAAUAGGGCCUGAUCAAUUGUUUGAAACUGCAACUAACGCUAUCAAAGAAGCGGAAGAAGUAUUGCAAAAGGUGGAACAUGGGGACAUGGACAAAGAAAAUACUCUUCAAAAUAAUUUAAAUGCUUUGGAAUAUGAGCAAGUAAAUAAAAUUGUAACAGCAGCAACUGCAAGUGAAAUAGUUCAUUCUAAUGAAGAAGAGUACUCUGAGAAAAUAACUGAAUUUGCAGCCGAUAGGUUUUCUGAGCAAACAAUUUUACAAAGUAUAAAUGAACCAGCCGAAAAUGUUGAAGAAAUGUCAUCCGAAGGUAUUCAGCCUGAAAAUUAUCCACAAGAGUUUACUGAAGAAGUUUCUCUCCAAACUGAAAUUUCUUCCACAGAAUUGACGGAAGAAACACUUCCUGAUAUUAAUUCUGGAAAUUAUCCGCAAGAGUUUACUGAAGAAGUUUCUCCCCAAACUGAAAUCUUCCCCAAAGACCUUUCUGAAGAAGCACUUCCUGAUAUUAGUCCUAAAAAUUAUCCACAAGAAUUUACUGAAGAAAUUCCGCCCCAAAAUGAAAUCUCUCCCAAAGAAUUUCCUGAAGAAACACUUCCUGAUAUUAAUCGUAAAAACUAUCCAGAAGGAUUUCCUGAAGAAAUUCCUUCACAAACUGAAAUCUCUCCCAAAGAAUUUUCUGAAGAAACACUUCCUGACAGUAAUCGUAAAAAUUAUCCACAAGAAUUUCCUGAAGAAAUUUCUCCGCAAACUGAAAUCUCUCCUAAAGAAUUUCCUGAAGAAACACUUCCUGACAGUAAUCGUAAAAAUUAUCCACAAGAAUUUCCUGAAGAAAUUCCUCCACAAACUGACAUCUCUCCCAAAGAAUUUCCUGAAGAAAAACUUCCUGAUAGUAAUCAUAAAAAAUAUCCACAAGGAUUUACUGAAAAAAUUCCCCCACAAACUAAAAUCCCUCCCAAAGAAUUUCCUGAUAUUAAUCCUAAAAACUAUCCACAGAAAAUUACUGAAGUAAUUCCUCCACAAACUGAAAUCUCUCCUAAAGAAUUUCCUGAAGAAUCACUUCCUGAUAUUAAUCAUAAAAAUUAUCCAGAAGUAUUUACUGAAGAAAUUCCUCCACAAACUGAAAUCCCUUCCAAAGAAUUUCCUGAUACUAAUUCUAAAAAUUAUCCACACAAAAUUACUGAAGUAAUUCCUCCACAAACUGAAAUUUCUUCCAAAGAACUUACUGAAGAAACACUUCCUCAAACUCCUCAAACUCAGAACUAUCCGAAAAAAAUAUCUCCUGAAAAUGUGCAAACUCAGAACUAUCCACCAGAAGAAUCAACUUACAAGAUGUUUCCUCAAAACUAUCCACAUGGGUCUACUGUAAAAAUAUACGCCCAAACUGCAAGGACUCAAAACAAUUCAAAAGAAACCGAAGACCAUCAAACAAAUGAAGAAAUAAAAUUCAAUUGGUCACAUGAAAAACUUAGACCACCUCCUCCAGUUCCUGACAAAUUAGUCCAAAAUGCCACAAAAGUACUCAAAGAAGUGCAAACUGCGUUGAAAAACGUAAGGCCUUAUAAAAAACCUGAAUCUCCUCGUGUGCAGCAGCUAGAAAAUGUAUUGGACGCUAUAGAAAGCUUUGAACAGGAAACCCAAGAAAAUCAUAAAGAGGCUGUCCAAAACCAGUCGGAAACCAUCAACAAAGAGGUUGACAAUGUGGUGACAAAAAUCCAAGAAUUACCAACCGAAAAUGUGUUAUUUUCAGAAACCAUCGAAACAAUCGAAACCGAGUUGCAAGAGAACGGAGAAAUCUCGAAAGCACCGGAGACACCAACAUCGGCGGCGACUGGUUAUCAGGAAACGUCACCAUUAAAUGAAAAAAUGACCACCCCUUACCAUCUCGAAGAAAUUGCUCAAAAUACUCAAACAGGCAUUUGGAAAGAGUUUACGUGGCCUUUUCACAAGAACGAAGACAAUUCUAAAGAACAUAAUCAGGAAAACGAAUCGGGAACUGGAACCACAGGCAAAGGGGAUAAUAUGCGCGAACUUGAAGACGCCUUAAAUGAGCUUAAGAACUACGAAGAACAGAUGAGUACCGAAGUUGGAGAAGUUGGAUAUUUGAUUGAAAGCUUAUCUGAAAAAACCUUUAAUGAUGCUACUUUAGCUGUAACAAAAAAACAAGAAAUGACUCCAGAAUUUAAAACUAUCGGUGAGGAGGUCAUCGAAAACGGAACUAAAGCAGUAGACUACGAAGAAGACUAUAGACAAUUGACUCAAGAAGAUUAUGGUUGGAUAACACCAAAUAAGUCUAUAGCAUCUUCUUUUGGACUGCCAACUGUGACGAGAAGUGAACUGUACAGCUCUGUUUUUGAAGGACAAAAGCUCCUCCAGGAGGAGUAUACAAAAAAAGGUGGCUUGCUUCAUUUUGAAGCACCAAAAGUGGAAGAAAGCGAAACUUACAGUUAUGCUUCUGAAGAACAAAUAAAUGCUCAAGAGAAAUAUACUGGAAAUGAAGGAUAUUAUGUUACGGAGGGCAGUAACUCAGAAGUUUCUUCCAUAAUUGAAGAAAUCGACAAACUUAUCAACACAGUGUCGGAAGAAACGUCUACCAAUAAAUCACAAAUGACGGAAGAAAGUGAGUUGAGCACGUAUGUUCCUGAGAAACAAACAAAUACGUUAGAGGACUAUACAAGAACAGAAAGUUAUUACGUGACGGAGACCAAUAAUCUAGAACUUUCAUCAGAAAUUGAAGAAAUUGAAAAGAUGGUCAAACAGAUUUCAGAAGAAAAGCUUCCCAAUGAAAUGACUAAUGCUGAAGAAAAUACUUCGGACAUUUACACAUCUGAGGAACAAACAAAUGCAGAAGAAGAAUACAGCGGAAAUGGACGUUCUUACGGUACGGAAAGUGGUAUUCCGGAAGUUUCUUCCGAAGUUGAAAAAAUUACUCAAAUAGUCAAAAAUGUUUCCGAACAAAUGCUUACUAAUGAAUUGCCUAAUAUUGAAGAAAGUGAAUUGCACACUCAUGCAGCGGAAGAACAAACAGAUGCUCGAGAAGAAUUUACAAGUCUAGUAGGCAUGUUCGGUACAGAAACGAACAAACCGGAAGAUUCUUCCGAAAUCGAUGCUAUUACAAAACUUGUCGAAAAUGUUUCCGAACAAUUAGUUACCAAUGAAGUGCCAAAUGAAGAAAAAACAGAAACGUACACGUAUGCAUCUGAAGAACAAACAAAUGCUUUAGAUGAUUAUACUGUAACUGGAGGUUCUUACGUUACUGAAAACUGGGAAGUUUCCUCCGAAAUUGAAGAAAUUACAAAUUUGAUCGACACAAUUUCAAAACAAUUGUUUACCGAUGACUCUCCAAAUUUACAGGACACCGAAUCCAAUGCUGAAGUUUCUGAACAACAAACAGUUGGUAGUGAAGACAAUACGAUCGGUGGUUUCUCUAUCACGGAGACGAGUAAUCUUGAAAUUUCUUCUGAAUCAGAAGAAAUGAAAGAAAUUUCAGAAUUGUUAAAAACAGUUACAGAAGGAUUGCUUCCUCCCGAAACACCAACCGUAGAAGAAAAUUCUCUUUCACCUGGUCAACAGAAUAUUGGCCAAGAAGAUUAUAAAGAUAAUUUACCUCAUUACGUCACGGAUAGUACUAUUCAGGAAAACCUAGAACCAGGUGAAAGAAUUACAAAAAAAGUGGAAAGACCAACAGAGUCUAGCAUCGAAAAUUAUCAAAUUAAAGAAGAAGGUAAUUUCUUUAUUGAUGAAUUUAAUAAAAAACAAGAAACCUCUACUGUAUGUGCUACUUGUAAUAAAACAAAUGAAGAAGCCACUGGUCAUCAUGGUAAAGCACCACAUCAUCAUAACACCGAAGAAAACAUUCAACUGACUAAAAAGUUCCACGAAUUAAAAAAAGAACAUAAGGACACUGAAGAAGAAGAAUUUUUUAUUGACGAGUUUCAUAAAAAGCAUGAAACAUCCACUAUUUGUGCAACUUGUAGCCCUACUAGAACAACUUCUCAUCAUCAAAAAUUAUCAACUCAUCAUCAUAGUACACCAAUGGUUACUGAAGAACAGGAACAAAUAACAAAAAUGCGGAACAAACAAAUUUCCCACCACGCAAUUAAACUUCCAUUUGAAAUUCUUGUGACCGAAGAAAAUGUGGAAGAAAUAAAAACAUCCCCGAGAGUUACUGUUCUGCCGGGAGGAAAAUUGGUUUCUAAAGUCUACAGAAAACCCCAUGUUUUAAGUACCAAUGCGCCCCAGCAAACAAAAAAUCUUAAUACAAUAUCAGAUAAAGAUAUCCUUGACAAAAUCGACAAACUUGUGUCAGAAAUUGAAACUAACUUCUUAGCAGAACCAACCACAGAAUCAAUACAAAAUGUUGUUAGUAUUGAAAUAGAGAAUACAAACGCAGAGCUAGCAAAAACUGAAAGUUGGAAAAAUAAGAUUACUCCUCAAAUAUCUAAAGAAGAAAAUCAUGUUGGAGGCGAUUAUACCGAAAGUAUGACUCCUGAAGAUAUCGAGGCAAACACAAAAGAAGUGGCUGCUACUGAGAGUAAAGCUAGUGGAGUUACUAAUUUAGAAGGCACUAACGCUGCAAAUGAAAGUGCUAAUGUUAAAGAAACUGAAACUGCUGCAGUUGAAGAAGAAAAGACGGAAGCAGAAAUAUCUGCUAUUGGCACUGUAGCUAGCGGAGAUGCUAAUGUAGAAGAAACUAAGGCUGUGACUGUUAAAGAAGAACAGACAGAAGAAGAAACACCUGCUACUGCUACUGAAAUUGGUGGAGGUCCUAAUUUAGAGCAAAUUGAAUCCGCAACGCGUGAAGAAAAGACUGAAAAAGAAGUGUCUGCUACUGGGACUGAAGCUGGUGGAGGUUCUAAUAUAGAACACACUGAAGUACCAGUAAGUGAAGAAAAAAAUAUUGAAGAAGAAGCGGCCGUUACUGGAACUAAAGCUGGUGCAAUUGUUGAAGAAGAAAAGACGGAAGAAGAAACAUCUGCUAUUGGAGCUGAAGCAGGUGGAGGUGCUAGUGUAACACAAAUGGAAACUGCGACUGUUAAAAAAGAAAAAACGGAAGAAGAAACGACUGUUACAGAAACUGAAGCCGGUCUCGGCGUUAGUGUAAAAGGAACUAAAGCUGCGAGAGUUGAAGAAAAAAAGACGGAAAAAGAAACAGCUGCUACUGCCACUGAAGCUGGUGAAAGUGCUAAUGUAAAAGAAACUAAGACUGCAACAGUUGAAGAAGAAAAGACGAAAAAAGUAACGGCUACUACUAGCAGUGAAGCUAGCCAAGAUGCUAAUUUACAAGAAACUAAAGCUGCAACAAUUAAAGAAGAAAAGGCGAAAGAAGAAACAGCUGCUACUGGUACUGAAGCUGGUGAAGGUGCUAAUGUAGAAGAAACUAAGGCUGCGACAACUGAAGAAAAGACAGAAGCAGUGACGACUGCUAUUGGCACUGAAGUUGGUAUAAGUGCUAAUGUAGAAGAAACUAAGGCGACAAUUGAAAAAGAAAAGACGGAAAAAGAAACAACUGCUAGUGGCACUGAAGCUGGUGGAGAUGCUAAUGUAGAAGAAACUAAGGCUGCGACAAUUGAGGAAGAAAAGACAAAAGAAGAAACAACUGCUACUGGCACUGAAAGUGGUGGAGGUGCUAAUGUAGAAAAUACUAAAGCUGGGACAAUUGAGGAAGAAAAGAAAGAAGAAGAAACAGCUGCUACUGGCACUGAAAGUGGUGAAGGAGCUAAUGUAAAAGAAACAAACACUUCGACAAUUGAAGAAGAAAAAACGGAAGUAGAAACAGCUGCUAGUGGCACUGAAAAUGGUGAAGGAGCUAAUGUAGAAGAAACUAAGGCUGUGACAAUUGAGGAAGAAAAGACAGAAGAAGACACAGCUGCUACUAGGACUGAAGCUGGUGGAGGUGCUAACGCAGAAGAAACAAAGGCUGCGACAGUUGAAAAAGAAAAGACAGAAAAAGAAAUAUCUGCUACUAGCACCGAAGCCGGUGGAGGUGCUAAUGUAGAAGAAACUAAGGCUGCGACAAUUGAGGAAGAAAAGAAAGAAGAAACAGCUGCUACUGGCACUGAAAGUGGUGAAGGAGCUAAUGUAGAAGAAACAAACAUUUCGACAAUUGAAGAAGAAAAGACGGAAGUAGAAACAGCUGCUACUGGCACUGAAAAUGGUGAAGGAGCUAAUGUAGAAGAAACUAAGGCUGUGACAAUUGAGGAAGAAAAGACAGAAAAAAACACAGCUGUUACUGGGACUGAAGCUGGUGGAGGUGCUAACGCAGAAGAAACAAAGGCUGCGACAGUUGAAAAAGAAAAGACAGAAAAAGAAAUAUCUGCUACUAGCACCGAAGCCGGUGGAGGUGCUAAUGUAGAAGAAACUAAGGCUGCGACAAUUGAGGAAGAAAAGAAAGAAGAAGAAACAGCUGCUACUGGCACUGAAAGUGGUGAAGGAGCUAAUGUAGAAGAAAUAAACACUUCAACAAUUGAAGAAGAAAAGACGGAAAAAGAAACAACUGCUAGUGGCACUGAAGCUGGUGGAGGUGCUAAUGUAGAAGAAACUAAGGCUGCGACAAUUGAGGAAGAAAAGAAAGAAGAAGAAACAGCUGCUACUAGCACUGAAAGUGGUGAAGGAGCUAAUGUAGAAGAAACAAACACUUCGACAAUUGAAGAAGAAAAGACGGAAGUAGAAACAGCUGCUAGUGGCACUGAAAAUGGUGGAGGAGCUAAUGCAGAAGAAACAAAAACUUCAACAAUUGAAGAAGAAACAACUGCUAGUGGCACUGAAAAUGGUGGAGGUGCUAAUGUAGAAGAAACUAAGACUGCGACAAUUGAGGAAGAAAAGAAAGAAGAAGAAACAGCUGCUACUGGCACUGAAAGUGGUGAAGGAGCUAAUGUAGAAGAAACAAACACUUCGACAAUUGAAGAAGAAAAGACGGAAGUAGAAACAGCUGCUAAUGGCACUGAAAAUGGUGGAGGAGCUAAUGCAGAAGAAACAAAAACUUCAACAAUUGAAGAAGAAAAGACGGAAGAAGAAACAACUGCUAGUGGCACUGAAAAUGGUGGAGGUGCUAAUGUAGAAGAAACUAAGACUGCGACAAUUGAGGAAGAAAAGAAAGAAGAAGAAACAGCUGCUACUGGCACUGAAAGUGGUGAAGGAGCUAAUGUAGAAGAAACAAACACUUCGACAAUUGAAGAAGAAAAGACGGAAGUAGAAACAGCUGCUAGUGGCACUGAAGCUGGUGGAGGUGCUAAUGUAGAAGAAACUAAGGCUGCGACAAUUGAGGAAGAAAAGAAAGAAGAAGAAACAGCUGCUACUGGCACUGAAAGUGGUGAAGGAGCUAAUGUAGAAGAAACAAACACUUCGACAAUUGAAGAAGAAAAGACGGAAAUAGAAACAGCUGCUAGUGGCACUGAAAAUGGUGGAGGAGCUAAUGCAGAAGAAACAAAAACUUCAACAAUUGAAGAAGAAAAGACGGAAGAAGAAACAACUGCUAGUGGCACUGAAAAUGGUGGAGGUGCUAAUGUAGAAGAAACUAAGACUGCGACAAUUGAGGAAGAAAAGAAAGAAGAAGAAACAGCUGCUACUGGCACUGAAAGUGGUGAAGGAGCUAAUGUAGAAGAAACAAACACUUCAACAAUUGAAGAAGAAAAGACGGAAAAAGAAACAACUGCUAAUGGUACUGAAGCUGGUGGAGGUGCUAAUGUAGAAGAAACUAAGACUGCGACAAUUGAGGAAGAAAAGAAAGAAGAAGAAACAGCUGCUACUGGCACUGAAAGUGGUGAAGGAGCUAAUGUAGAAGAAACAAACACUUCGACAAUUGAAGAAGAAAAGACGGAAGUAGAAACAGCUGCUAGUGGCACUGAAAAUGGUGGAGGAGCUAAUGCAGAAGAAACAAAAACUUCAACAAUUGAAGAAGAAACAACUGCUAGUGGCACUGAAAAUGGUGGAGGUGCUAAUGUAGAAGAAACUAAGACUGCGACAAUUGAGGAAGAAAAGAAAGAAGAAGAAACAGCUGCUACUGGCACUGAAAGUGGUGAAGGAGCUAAUGUAGAAGAAACAAACACUUCGACAAUUGAAGAAGAAAAGACGGAAGUAGAAACAGCUGCUAAUGGCACUGAAAAUGGUGGAGGAGCUAAUGCAGAAGAAACAAAAACUUCAACAAUUGAAGAAGAAACAACUGCUAGUGGCACUGAAAAUGGUGGAGGUGCUAAUGUAGAAGAAACUAAGACUGCGACAAUUGAGGAAGAAAAGAAAGAAGAAGAAACAGCUGCUACUGGCACUGAAAGUGGUGAAGGAGCUAAUGUAGAAGAAACAAACACUUCGACAAUUGAAGAAGAAAAGACGGAAGUAGAAACAGCUGCUAGUGGCACUGAAGCUGGUGGAGGUGCUAAUGUAGAAGAAACUAAGGCUGCGACAAUUGAGGAAGAAAAGAAAGAAGAAGAAACAGCUGCUACUGGCACUGAAAGUGGUGAAGGAGCUAAUGUAGAAGAAACAAACACUUCGACAAUUGAAGAAGAAAAGACGGAAAUAGAAACAGCUGCUAGUGGCACUGAAAAUGGUGGAGGAGCUAAUGCAGAAGAAACAAAAACUUCAACAAUUGAAGAAGAAAAGACGGAAGAAGAAACAACUGCUAGUGGCACUGAAAAUGGUGGAGGUGCUAAUGUAGAAGAAACUAAGACUGCGACAAUUGAGGAAGAAAAGAAAGAAGAAGAAACAGCUGCUACUGGCACUGAAAGUGGUGAAGGAACUAAUGUAGAAGAAACAAACACUUCGACAAUUGAAGAAGAAAAGACGGAAGUAGAAACAGCUGCUAGUGGCACUGAAAAUGGUGGAGGAGCGAAUGUAGAAGAAACAAACACUUCGACAAUUGAAGAAGAAAAGACGGAAGUAGAAACAGCUGCUAGUGGCACUGAAGCUAGUGGAGGUGCUAAUGUAGAAGAAACUAAGGCUUCAACAAUUCAAGAAAAGACGGAAGAAGUGACCGCUGCUCUUACUGGCACUGAAGCUGGUGGAGGUGCUAAUGUAGAAGAAACUAAGGCUACGACAAUUGAGGAAGAAAAGAAAGAAGAAGAAACAGCUGCUACUGGCACUGAAAGUGGUGAAGGAGCUAAUGUAGAAGAAACAAACACUUCAACAAUUGAAGAAGAAAAGACGGAAAAAGAAACAACUGCUAAUGGUACUGAAGCUGGUGGAGGUGCUAAUGUAGAAGAAACUAAGGCUGCGACAAUUGAGGAAGAAAAGAAAGAAGAAGAAACUGCUGCUACUGGCACUGAAAGUGGUGAAGGAGCUAAUGUAGAAGAAACAAACACUUCGACAAUUGAAGAAGAAAAGACGGAAGUAGAAACAGCUGCUAGUGGCACUGAAAAUGGUGGAGGAGCUAAUGCAGAAGAAACAAAAACUUCAACAAUUGAAGAAGAAAUGUUGGAAGAAGAAACAGCUGCUAGUGGCACUGAAGCUAGUGGAGGUGCUAAUGUAGAAGAAACAAAAACUUCAACAAUUGAAGAAGAAAAGACGGAAGAAGAAACAACUGCUAGUGGCACUGAAAGUGGUGAAGGAGCUAAUGUAGAAGAAAUAAACACUUCAACAAUUGAAGAAGAAAAGACGGAAAAAGAAGCAACUGCUAGUGGCACUGAAGCUGGUGGAGGUGCUAAUCUAGAAGAAACAAACACUUUGACAAUUGAAGAAGAAAAGACGGAAGUAGAAACAGCUGCUACUGGCACUGAACGUGAUGAAGGUGCUAAUGUAGAAGAAACAAAGACUUCAACAGUUGAAGAAGAAAUGACGGAAGAAGAAACAGCUGCUAGUGGCACUGAAGCUAGUGGAGGUGCUAAUGUAGAAGAAACUAAGACUGCGACAAUUGAGGAAGAAAAGACAAAAGAAGAAACAACUGCUACUGGCACUGAAAGUGAUGGAGGUGCUAAUGUAGAAGAAACUAAGGCUGGGACAAUUGAGGAAGAAAAGACAGAAAAAGAAACAGCUGCUACUGGCAUUGAAAGUGGUGAAGGAGCUAAUGUAAAAGAAACAAACACUUCGACAAUUGAAAAAGAAAAGACGGAAGUAGAAACAUCUGCUAGUGGCACUGAAGCUAGUGGAGGUGCUAAUGUAGAAGAAACUAAGGCUUCAACAAUUCAAGAAAAGACAGAAGAAGUGACCGCUGCUCUUACUGGCACUGAAGCUGGUGGAGGUGCUAAUGUAGAAGAAACUAAGGCUACGACAAUUGAGGAAGAAAAGAAAGAAGAAGAAACAGCUGCUACUGGCACUGAAAGUGGUGAAGGAGCUAAUGUAGAAGAAACAAACACUUCAACAAUUGAAGAAGAAAAAACGGAAGUAGAAACAGCUGCUAGUGGCACUGAAAGUGGUAAAGGAGCUAAUGUAGAAGAAACAAACACUUCGACAAUUGAAGAAGAAAAGGCGGAAGUAGAAACAGCUGCUAGUGGCACUGAAAAUGGUGGAGGAACUAAUGUAGAAGAAACAAAAACUUCAACAAUUGAAGAAGAAAAGACGGAAGAAGAAACAACUGCUAGUGGCACUGAAGCUGGUGGAGGUGCUAAUGUAGAAGAAACUAAGGCUACGACAAUUGAGGAAGAAAAAAAAGAAGAAGAAACAGCUGCUACUGGCACUGAAAGUGGUGAAGGAACUAAUGUAGAAGAAACAAACACUUCGACAAUUGAAGAAGCAAAGACGGAAGUAGAAACAGCUGCUAGUGGCACUGAAAAUGGUGGAGGAGCUAAUGUAGAAGAAACAAAAACUUCAACAAUUGAAGAAGAAAAGACGGAAGAAGAAACAACUGCUAGUGGCACUGAAGCUGGUGAAGGUGCUAAUGUAGAAGAAACUAAGGCUGCGACAAUUGAGGAAGAAAAGACAGAAGAAGAAUCAGCUGCUACUGGCGCUGAAAUUGGUGGAGGAGCUAAUGUAAAAGAAACAAACACUUCGACAAUUGAGGAAGAAAAGACGGAAGUAGAAACAGCUGCUAGUGCCACUGAAGCUAGUGGAGGUGCUAAUGUAGAAGAAACUAAGGCUUCAACAAUUCAAGAAAAGACGGAAGAAGUGACCGCUGCUGCUACUGGCACUGAAGCUGGUGGAGGUGCUAAUGUAGAAGAAACUAAGGCUGUGACAAUUGAAGAAAAGACGGAAGAAGUGACGACUGCUACUGGCACUGAAGCUGGUGGAAGUGCUAAUGUAGAAGAAACUAAGGCUGUGGCAAUUGAAGAAGAAAACACAGAAGAAGAAACGGCUGCUACUGGCACUGAAGCUGGUGGAGGUGCUAAGGUAGAAGAAACUAAGACUGAAACAAUUGAAGAAGAAAAAACAGAUGGUUCUAAUAUCAAACAAACUGAAGCCUCAGAUAAUGAGGAAGAAAAUAUUAAAAAAGAAACGGCUGCUACUAGGACGGAAGCUGAUGGAGGUGCUAACGAAGAAGAAACCAAGGCUGCAACAGUUGAAGAAGCAACGACAGAAGAAGAAACAGCUGCUACUGGCACUGAAGCUGGUGGAGGUGCUAUCCCAGAAAAAACUAAGGCUGCGAUAGUUGAAAAAGAAAAGACGGAAGAAGAAACAGCUACUAUUGGUACUGAAGCAGGUGCAGGUACUCAUAUGGAGGAAACUAAAGCUGCGACAGUGGAAGAUGAAACGGUGUCUACUGGGGCUGGUGAAAGUGUUAAAAUAGAAGAUAAAAUAACAACAUCUAAAGGUGAAUUAAUUAAAGAAGAAACUGUUAUAACAGACACUGAAGCAGAGACUGAAGAAUAUUUUGCUUCUACUAGUUCUGAACUUGCCGAGAAACAACUUCAUACCGCCACAAUACACGAAAACAAUAAGGUGGAAAAGAGAAAAACUGAAACCAAUAUAGAAACAACUACAGCGCAUAAAAGCACAAAACAACGACAUAUUACCGAGAGUAGUAAAAUGCCAAAUGAAGAAUUUGAUCAAAGUGAAAUGGCGCAUUUUAUGCCAAAAGGUUCAACCUUAUGUGAAAUUUGUGAUGAGGCAGUUUUUAAAAGCAAUAAGGCCAAGCUUAAAACAACAGAAAAAUUUGAGGAAAUUAAAACUGUAGGGAAAUUAUUAACUACAGAACCAUCAACACAACAAAACGUACCAAAAAUAAGCGCUACGCAACAUUCCAUCACAGAAAAGAAGAAUUUAAAAUUGACAAAAACUACACCAAGUAAAACUGUUGCAACCGAAUUUUAUGAAGAAAAUGUAAAAGACAACACAACACCAAUUCAGAGAACAUUAGAGCCCGUUUUGAUAAGUUCAACGACACAUAUAAGUACCAAAGAGGCUCUGACAGAAACUAUAACAACCUCUAAGUCUGAAACUAGUAACACCAACACAUUAACUGAAGAAAUAAAACAUAAUACAACACCAAACGACACAGCUAAAGAAUUCGAAAUGUUACAACACAUUACAGAAUUUCCUUCAAGUUUAAUUGAAACCGAAACAGUAGAAUUAACACCAGAACUAUUUUAUACAAGAACGAGUACUACUGAAACAAAAAAAGGUGUAACACAAGCUGAAGAAACAGAAACGACGUCGAGUUCUGGUUCUUCGGAAAAAGAACUACACGGGAUGGAGCAACUUAGUAGUAAUACCAAAACCAUAACCGAAGAAAUAAAGCACAGAACAUCAAACGAACCGGCUAAUGAAUUCGAAAUGUUACAACACAUCACAGAAUUUCCAUCAAAUUUUGAAGCCGAAACUGUAGAAUUAACACAAGAAUCAUUUUAUACAAGUAUGAGUACUACUGAAACAGAAAAAAUUGAAACAAAAACUGAAGAAACAGAAACAACGCCAAGUUUUGGUUCUUCAGAAAAAGAACUACACGGGAUGGAGCAAAUUGCUAGCAAUACCAACACCAUAACCGAAGAAAUUAAACAUAGAACAUCAAACGAACCAGCUGAUGAAUUCGAAAUGUUACAACACAUCACAGAAUUUCCAACAAAUUUUGAAACCGAAACUGCGGAAUUAACACAAGAAUCAUUUUCUACAAGUAUAAGUACUACUGAAACAGAAAAAAUUGAAACAAAAACUGAAAAAACAGAAACGACGCUGAGUUUUGGUUCUUCGGAAAAAGAACUACUUGAAAUGGAGCAAAUCACUGAAAAAUCGACUAAAACAUCUUCAACUAAAAGUUCCAAAAAACUCAACGUAACAAAAGCAGUGACCUUCAGUACCGCUUUCAUGCUUUUGCUGUCUUCUGUUUAUGCCAACCAGACUACACCCACCAGUACAGACCACCUCAAAGAAACAACAGUGCCACCAGUUUACGUCGACUUACCAGUUUUUUUACCCAACGGUUCUACAGAAGCACCAUCAGAACAGUUUGUCCAAAUCCUAAGCAGCAACGUAACAGAAACGUUAAUAUUGUUUAUACAUGGACCAAACGAUGAAUCUAUGAAAAAAUUGAACGGAUCAAAAUGGGUUCGGCGUUUGGACCAUACUGAAACCAUCCACGAAACGAAUCAUGUACCAACAACAGAAAAGGCAAAAGCGAUCGAAAAAACGGUACCAUUAAGUAAAAUUCCAUUACCAAAGUACGUUUCUCUCGAUGAAUGUAAGAAGCGCGAUUUUGAGAAAAACGAUAAAUGUUUUUGUGCUGUUGAUAGUCUUUUGACAAAUCUGAGACAAAGUGGAGGUUCGGGACACAUCGGGUGUCAUGAUUUCCUAAAAGUUGAUAACGGUAUAGUGAUAGGAAAUGAUUCCGUCCCCCACGUUAGGAAAAAAAGGAGUUACUGGUUUGGUAAAUACGACUUACCGAUCAAGAGGGAAGUUAUUGAUUAUAGUAAAGGGUUUUUCGACGAAGAGUUUAAGAUUCACAACACCGGAACACAAAUUUAUGCGUUACCAGACACUAAAGUCGUUAUACCUUGUGUAAACAAGAACGAACUGGUUGAGCAUGAUCGAUAUAUGAAAUAUACUUGGACCUUUGAUGACGAUUUACCAAUUACUGAUAACCAGAUUAAGGAAAAUGGAGAAAAUCUAGUUUUGGAAGAUGUUUUACCGAAGGACAGUGGUAAUUACACUUGCACUGUAAAAUCACGCCUGAAUGAUAAAAAUAACGUGGAAGAAAAGUACCAUCAUGGGUUGGUGGUAGUUUCAACGCCCAUUUACAAAGUCACAACCAGUGUCAUGUACGACUUAAAAGAACCCUGCGAGCUGAGUGAUGGUGACGUGAUCUCACUCUAUUUACCCAAUAUCCUUGAUGGGUUACUUUGUGGGUACCACGAGAAAAUGUGCAAGGCUGAAGUGAGACGUCCUGUUUGCGUAAAUCGCGAAGAAGAGAAACUACUCAAUGUUACAUUUACCGUCACCAUGAUGACCCUCAAAGAAAUAGUACCAUCAAUAAAUGCCAACUCUUGUAAUCUCAAUUGUCAGAUUGAGAUGUACUCAAAACUCGCUGCAAUUCUCGUAAAAAAUAUCGAGACUUUUGUGAAACUCCCAGUAUUUUCGAAACUGUCUCUCAAGGAACAAGACUUUAGUCCUGAAAAAAUAGCUUCCUUGAAACACAAAGAAAAAGGCCGAUGGUCAAAACCCCCAGUUUUGGUCGUAACUUGUCCUUCCGGCUUCGGAGUCGAGAAAAAAGAGCCAAGGGUUUGCAUAGUAUGCCCCAAAAACACCUACAAUGUGGGCUUAGAAUCGUACUGCAAGAUGUGCCCACCUGGGCAGUACCAGCCCAUCGCUGGAUCAAAAUCAUGUAUCGCUUGUUCCUCUCCUUUGGAAAACAAGGCAUGUCUGCGAGUCUUGUACUCGAACAGCGACUACUUUAAAAUAUAUGUAGGAGCAGCGUUCGGACUUGUGGUUUUUAUUAUGGUUCUGAUUUGUUAUUGUACAAGAAAUAGUACUCCACCAUCGGUCACUGAGGAGAGAAGACACGAUUAUGUUUAUACCAUGUUGAGGAAAGGAGCAGAUGUCGAGAAGGGGGUGACUGAGCCUCUACUAAAGAAGGAUACAAGGAAUUUGCGUGGUGUGCCGCCACAAAUACCGCCGCCUGAUUUUUAGGUCAUAGAUAUUAUUUAUUUAUUAUUUUUAAGGUUGUCAAUAAACAAUAUCGUACGAAA